AUGAGCACGACCGCCACCGAUGGCACCGUGGAGAUCACGAUGACGCACGCCGUGACCGGCGAGGCGGCGUCGAGCUGGAAGCACAAGGCGGGCCGGCGCGAGGGCCCGGAGCACUACCGCUUCGGCGACCUGACGAAGACGCUCGUCCACAAGGUCGCGGGCCCCGCGGAGCCCGCGCCCGACGACCGGUCGCCGGAGCUCGCCGUCACGUCCGUCAAGUGCCGCGUCCGCGUGCCGUGGGCGCAGCGCCUCUGGGACGACGCGCCGCUGUGCCGAAAGCUCCGCGAGCUCGGCCUGGGCCGCGCCGAGGCCGGCGGCGCCGUCGAGGUCGACGCGCGGACUUUCGGCGCUUCGCUCAGCGAGCGCGACGCGAUCACGUGCCUGAGGCACGCGGACGGCGUCAACGGCUCGCUCAGCAAGCGGCCGCCGCUCGCGAUGCCGCGCUACUGCGGCUCCCUGGACGCCUGCGACGCCCUGCGGGGCGCCUUCGACGCCUGCUUCGGCGCCGGGUCCUUCGACGGCGCCGAGAAGCAGUGGGCCGACGCGCCGCUCGGCGCGCGCUUGGCGCUCGCGCUCGCGCGCGACGAGGCGCGGCGCGCGGUCGCGUCCUCCGUCGCGGCGGACGUGCUCGGCGCGCUCCGGGGCGAGGCGGCGCUCUGCGGGGCCGCCUUCUUCGCCUUUCUCGCCGACGGCGAGCGGGGCGACGACUUCCGCGAGCUCCGCUACGACCGCGACGCCAAGAGCGUCGACGCCGUCGGCCGCUUCCGCUUCCGCUUCCGGCCGGGCACGCCGGCGCUCGACGUGCUGAGCCACCACGAGACGGGCGCGCGGUCGCGGCGCGACGUCGCCGACGCGCUCCGCGACUCCGGCGCGCGCGUCGCCUGGCUCGACGUCCGAAGCGCCUCGGGCGCCGCGCGGCCCGCGGCGCUCGUCACGGUGCCCCGCGGCGCGCCCCUGCCCGCGCGCGACGUCAUCGCGACCCUGGCCGCGGCGGACGGGCGCGACGACUACGACGUCGUGUCCGCGGCCGUCGACGACUUCGAAACCGCGCGGGCCCUCGAGCCCGACGCCGCGGACCGCGUCCGCGCGAAGCUCCUCGUCGCGGACGUGUCGACGCUCCGCCGCCUCGCGCGCGACGUCGCAAGGCGCAAGGGCGACGAGCGGGUCGCCCGGGCGCUCGCGCUCUUCGCGGCGCCGGCGGCGGCCGCCGCGGGGAAGGGGUGA